AUGCUGUACAAGCUGUUGAAGUACUGGGAGGAUUAUAUGGAAGCUUUUCCCAGUGUAUUCGAUGGUCUUUGUGACCUGGAUCAUUUCGACCCGAAGUUAGCACUAUCGGCGAAGCGAUUGUUGGAUACUGAUACUGAUGAUUAUGAAUAUGAGCUUGCCAAGUUGAAGAAGUGGUUGAGCGAACAGGAGUUCCGUCGACUGCCUUUGGUAUCUUCGGCGUAUACCGCACUACCGCGAAUUGGUGUACGAUCCUUGGAGGUCUAUCUGAAUCGGGGAGUGGAAGAAAAUCCGACCCCGCCUCGCAUCACUGUGACUCCGGAGCAGCUAACACCAGUUGAAAACGCCAAGUUUGUAAGCAAGGCCUGUCAAGAACGGCCGAGAGUCGGCAACAGAGCUGUCUAUGUUGGGUCUGAUAAGCCUGUCCCUGUUGGUGCUAGAUGUGUAGUCACAUCUGUUUAUGGUCGACCUGGUCAGGACAUGAAGGUUGAGCUACUCUUUGACCGCUGUACUUUCGGCUGUGAUACAGCUUUUGGGAGGUGCAGUCCAAUGCGGGGUCUAGUGGUGUCGCCUUCCGAUAUACUCGUGCUUCCUGUUCAUCCGACAUCACCUCUUGUACCGCAUACACCUCCUUAUGGGAACACCUACUCGUCGCCACCACAUGGAGUCACCCUCGACGAGUCCCUGCCUAUGAACGGCACUGGAAUGAGUCGUAAAGAAAGAAGCAAGCGCAAGGUUAGGAAAGCCCCCACAGUGACAUAUGCAUCUAGGCAUCCUGACACGACGAUAUUAAGCCACGAGCUUCGUCAUAUGCUGGGCAUAUCACCCAACAACAACAACAAGCAGCAGUCCUAG